AUGGAUGUGUUUAAAGUAAUCGUUGAUUGCCUCUUCUGUUCGAAUAACUAUCACGAAAAUGCGACAUCUUUUGCCAUAUCUGACAAUCAACGGCAUCUACUCAGUACCAAUACAUCAGAGAUACAGACUGCCGAAGCCCUCCUCUCAGCAUUGCUUACUUCCGAGAAGUUAGGCAACGAUCUUGAGACUCGUCUUAAAAAUAUCGUCAAUGACAGCGGGCUGGUACAUACCAACGGUCUCUGGUACGAAGGACUCGCCAGGAUCCUGCUCAAACGAUUCGAAUCUUUGAUCAAGGAAGGGCAAAGUGCUAAUCUUACUGGCGCCGUUAAGGAGUCAUUCGACAAAGCUAAGGAUACCGUUGAAGAGUUUAUUCACAACCAUCCUGUUCUCACGUCUGUUGCUCUUACACUCCUUGUGCUUGGUCUACUCAUGUAUGCUGCGCCUUGGGCGGUUCAGGCGCUUGGAUUUACUUUAGAUGGACCCCUUGAAGGCUCUUUUGCCGCUGGGUGGCAAUCUGCAAUUGGCAAUGUCGAGGCGAGGAGUUGGUUCGCCUUUUGGCAAAGACUGGGUAUGACAUGGGGGAAGUAA